AUGAAAAUCGAUAAGCUUUUUAUCCAUCCCAUCAAAUCAAUACUCCCCAUCCCUGUGUCUAGUGCCACGAUCACGCCGAAUGGCUUGCAGCAUGACCGCACGUUUAUGCUGAUCCGCGUGGAUCCCGAGGAUGGCAAGGUCGUCAAUUUGACGGUUAAGGAUAACCCAGAGCUCUGUCUAUUUCAACCCUCCCUCUCCGACGACCUCACCUCCCUUCACGUCACGCACAAAUCCACCCCCUCCUGCACGCCCAUCACCAUCCCCCUAACCCCCACAUUCGCCGCUGGAACUAAGACCUAUCCCAUCUCCAUCUGUGAUACAUCCACCACCGGCUACGAUAUGGGUCCUGAAGCCUCCCUCUUCUUCAGCACCUAUCUCAAGUACCCCGCACACCUUGUCCACAUCGGACCCAGUCACCGUUCCACAAUCCCCACAAUCACCCCAUCUCCCCAGCACCCACAAGGAAUCUCCUUCGCCGACGUAGCUCCUAUUCUUCUCGCGACAGACGUCUCAUUGAAGGACGUCUCAAACCGUGCGGGCGAGGACUUUGAUAUCACGAAGUUUAGGCCGAAUAUAUACGUGGACACCACUAGUUCUGGGGUGGACGCGUAUGAUGAGGAGCUAUGGGCGGAGGUGGAGGUGAGGAAAGAUGGGGGGAGUGGUGAGGCAGUGAGGCUGGAUAUGACCUUUAAUACGCCGAGGUGUACGAGUAUCAAUGUGGACUAUGCGACGGGGAAGGCGAUGCCGCCGGAGAAUCCCUGUUUUGGAAAAUAUGGGUUUUGUGAGCAAUUUGGGCAAACGAUUAAUGUUGGUGACGAAAUCAAGGUUACGAAGAGGAACCAGGAGAGACACGUAUCAGUCCAUCAAGAGUCCUAG